AUGUGCUCUACUAUAGCUAGGUCAGGAACAGCCAGUGACGAGAUUGCCGAGAUGUCCGAAUCAAGCUCUGUCCACUACCAAGAACUCUAUGGCUCUAGCAACGCCUUGAUGCUCGGAUCGAGGAAAAAGAAGUCCGGACUGGUGGCUCCUCAUCGAGCUACGCAUGACCGUCGGGACGUGUGCUGGGGAGGAGGGCCAGUUCUGCUCCGUGCCGACGGCAUCACAACUCGGCGCGACCAGGAAUCUUUGUGCACGCCCUCGUAUCGACCUGCUGUCUAUGUUUUCAGCCGAGAUCGGGAAGCUUCGUCGGCUACAAUGGACGAAGCUGGCCAAGCAUCGACCAUGACCGGCAACGUUGAGCGAGACGCUUGGGCCGCGUCGACCGGGCAUGGCGCGCGGCCGCUGGGAUCGACCGGCGAAUCGACGCUGGGCCCACAGCGGGCUAGCAUGAUCCAAUCUAUCGGGCGGCAAACCUCAUCCGCAAUGGUCCGUGCAUCUGCAUGGCGACGGAAAGAGCCGCAUCCAGCUCGAUGCUCGCUGCUGACCCCGAUUGUUUGCUCCAUCACCAUUGCUGCACAUUCUUCAUCCUCGAAAGCUCAAGAUGUGGUAACUAAGAUCGUCGGCAACUAUCUACACCGAGCAGUCGCGCUCAGAGACGAGACCAACACAUCCGGCCAACUUGGGAGCCCGGGGUGUUGGUUGAGCCGUGCUCAGAUUGCUCCGAUAUUACGGGGAGAAUACACCGAAGCGGCGACGAGGUCCCCGAUGCCGACCACGAUGACGCUGGACCGGGAGAAGGAGGUGGAUUCCGGCAUUGUCGAUGACCCGCGCGCAAUGCAAGGCCGCAAGGUGGGCGGCAGACGAAGACGAGAUGAGAUGCGGGAUGCAGACCAUUCCGCAUCUUGCACAACAAGCAUCCAAGCAAUGUCAAAAGCACAAGCUCUCGCGCGAAAGGACGGACAUGGCGGCUCCCCUUUGCGGUCGUAUGUGCGUUCCCAGACCAGCGCGGGCAGGACGGCCAAAAGGUUGCCGAGGCAGGGUUGA